UAAACCUACUUCCUUUUCGGUUAGGAGGCGGUGCUUGCGUGUUGGCGGGCUGCUGGAAAAACAACUGCAGAAGCGAUGGAGGAAACUGCGCAGCACCUUUCGUCUGAUCCGGAGCAAAUGGACUGCGAAACCCAGGCGAGGGCGGAGGACGGUGUCGGAACCGGGGAUUCGAGUAGCGGAGAGGCUCCGGGCUCGUCCCGCCCUGCAGCGGCCGGGCCUCAGGCGGGUCAGGGAGGAGAUGUCUCGACCCAAAUGACCGAUUUAAGCAAAGACAGAACCGAGCCCAAGCCGGCCCGGUUAAAAACGUUCAACAGGGUGAUGGAGAGAAGCUUGCAGAAGCUCAUCAACGACAUCAGCUUCCAGAGGUUUGCCCAGACCUUCCACCCCCUGUACAAGGAGAGCCCGCAGGUGACCGAGAGCAUCCACAGGCAGUUCGUCUCCCAGCUGCAGGACUCCAUCAGGGAGGACAUCGCGCAGAUCGUAGAGGAGGGCGAUCUGGAAGUGAAGUUCGAGGAGCUGGACAGGCUGGAGAAGGCAGCCGAGGACAGCAUGGAGCUUGCCUGGCGGCCCAGCGGGGUCCCGGAGGAGGACCUGUGCGGCUUUGUGAUGCCCUAUUACCUGCAGCAGCAGGAGUACCUGCGCCGGGAGCUCAGGAAGCUGCAGAAGGAGAAUGCCAGCCUGGCGCAGAAGGUGCUGGCCGGACGGGAGGCCAUCGCCCGCGCAGAGCAGCAGCUCAGCCAGAGCGUGGAGGAGCUGCAGGUGUCGGAGUCGGCCGUGCAGGAGUUUGUCUCCAGUUUGUAGAUUGUGGGAGAGACGCUGGGGUCGGAUCUUGGACUUUGUGUGGGCAGCCUCUGUUCGUAAAGAAGACUUUCUCUCUCCUCCCCCCCCCUCCCCACAACACCAUUACAGACUGUUGCUCAGUAAGAGCCAUUUCUUUAACCAGAGAGGUUAGCUGGGAGGGCUUCACGCCUGGGGGGUGAGUCCUAAACUCGAGUGGACGUAUCCAGAACACAGACUGGACACACAUCCCAGCAGCCUGCAGUUCUCUUGCUGGAUCGCACUGGGAAUCAACCUCUGGAACUCGGAAAGGCAGUGCACUGUGUAGCCCAGCUGGUUUUCCAGGCCAGUGUCUCCUAACAACUGGUAGACUGGCUUCAAGACGGGUGCCUGGAUUGGCAUCGGUUGAAGGCAUCUGUCCUUUUUCUUGCUGUUAACAAUAAACGCUACCUUGUGUUGAG